AUGGCGUCUCAACCUAAGGUACCUCGUCCCAGUAAUGAUUCGGGCGCAGAUGGAGAACUUAGUUCCACUAAUGCUCUUAUAGAUGAAAUAGAGGAAGUUCAGAAUGCUAUAGAUAACCUAAACGAGCAAGCCAGCGAAGAGAUCCUUAAGGUUGAACAGAAGUUCAACAAAAUGAGACAGCCGCACUUUGAGAAGCGGUGUGAAUUGAUAUCCAAAAUCCCCAAUUUCUGGCUUACCACAUUCAUUAAUCAUCCCCAACUGUCAGACUUGCUUACAAAUAGUGACGAGAAUGUAUUGAAGCACUUAAAAAAAGUCGAAGUCCAGGAGUUUGAGGACAUUAAAUCUGGGUUCCGAAUCAACUUCCAUUUCGAAAAGAAUGAGUUUUUCAAAAAUAACGUACUCACAAAGGAAUUCCACCUUGGCGAUAGUGGUGAACCAUCGUCCACAUACACCAAAAUUGAAUGGUACCCUGGGAAGGAUUUGACAAGUAACUCAUCCAGUUCACGAAAGAACGGUGGUGAGCAGGCAAAAAAACGGUCGUUUGAGGAGCAGACUCAAGAUAGUUUCUUCUGUUGGUUUACAGACGAGUCCUCAGUAUUCGGCGACGAGUUGGGCGAAGUUAUAAAGGAUGAUAUAUGGCCAAAUCCACUUCAAUAUUACCUCUCGCCAGAUCUAGAAGACGAGAAUGAAAACGACGAAGAAGAUGAAGACGACGAUGAUGAUCAAGAUCUUGACGAAGAAGAAGGCGGAACAGCGGAUGUUUAA